AACGCAAAAACAUCUCAAUUUAAAUUCAAAUUAAUUAUUCUUCCUAAUUCAUAGAAAAUGGAUCCUUUUUGCAAUAUUUGCUUCAAGAAUUUUCAGGCGGCAAAGUGUGAGCUCUUCUGCACUGAUUGCCAGCACGUAAUCUGCCAGGAAUGUCUCAAGGGGAGAGAUUUUUGCGGGAUGUGCAACAAGAAAUGCCGCCUGAUGAAGAUCUCCAACACCAUGCCACAGAAUAUGAAGAAAUUCUUUACGGAUGUACGUCCCGAAUUAACAGGUGUCAUAAAGAUUGUAAAGUUUCAGGAUGCCCAGAGGGCCAUUGGAGUGAAUCACGCCCAGAGGAUCCUCAAGGAAUACUAUGAUUCAAAGAGACGCCUCGAGGCUAUCAAGAAGGAGUACGAUGAGCUGGGUAAGGAAUUUGCAAAGGUCAAGCAGGAGGAGAGAUCAUCCGCCGGCAGCAAUCGUGGAAGUUUCUCAACUUUGCGAACACCCCAAUCAUCCGUGUCCGGGAAUUCCGGAUUUUCGGGAUCUUCCUUCACGAGGAACGUGAAUACUGUUGAGGAAGGAGUCAUGAUGGAUACAUCGCUGUGGAACUCUCCAGCUUCAUCAAUGGGGAAGUCCUUUGAUUUGAAUACAAUGUCCAACCUAACGCUUGGACCACGUCGUUCUUUGGGCACUUCCAGCCUCCGCAACAAGUUCCAGAAGUAAAGAGAAAAACUCACCAAAAAAA